UAAACGAACAAGUAUGCCAGUAAAACUAACUGUUAAAGUGUUCACGGUUAUUACCUGAAAACCCCACAGAAGAGAAUUCCUUUUGUGGCCCAGUAUGUCCAGCAGACUUCAUGUUAUAUACAUGGUCUGUAUAAAACAUUUCUUUUUGCUAGAAAAUAAUGGCUGCCUUUGUCAAUUGCAAACGUCUCAUUAUGUCGAGGAGGAAUUUGUGUACAUGGAAUUUGCCUAAAAGAUCAACCCCUGUUGCAAAAGUUUCAGAUUCCAUACCAGAAUUGGGAAGUGCAGAUGAAACAAAUCAAAUGCCAUGUAUUAGUCAAGAAGAAGAAGAAGAAGAAGAAGAAGAAGAAAGUGUUGUGGAAAGGAUAAGCAGAAUUAUAAGAAAUAAUGGAGAGGACAUGGAAAGUGUUUUGGAGAAUAGUGGAGUAAAAAUAUCUUCAAAAGUGAUGGAGAAGCUUCUGCACAGGGCUAACUACUCGUGGAAGCCUAUUUUCAGGUGCUUCACAUGGGCAGGCCGUCAGGUUGGUUUCCAGCACACUUCCUAUACUUAUAAUUUGAUGAUAAAUAUCAUGACCAAGAUGCGCAAGUUCGAAUCUGCCUUGGUUUUGAUUGACCAGAUGCAAGAGCAAGGACUAGUUACGACCCAAACAUUUGCUAUUUUAAUGAGAAGGUAUGCCAGGGCUGGAAUGGUCAAAGAUGCCCUGUGUACUUUUGAGACAGUGGAAAAGUUUGGCUUCAAACCCAACUUGGAAUUGUUCAAUACUCUGCUAGAUGCUCUUUCCAAGGAAGGGAAAGUGGGUCCUGCCACAUUGCUUUUUGAGGAGAGGAGAUCCGAGUUGGAAGCUUCCACGGUAACCUACAAUAUUCUCAUUAAUGGGUGGUGUAGAAUCAGGAGACUUGAAGAGGCACAAAAACUUUUUGAUCAAAUGGUAACCCUCAGUAUUCCUCCGAGUGUUGUGACAUAUAGUACUCUUAUUGAUGGCUACUGUAAGACAGGGAGGAUUGAAGAUGCUCUUAAAUUGCUGGAAACCAUGAAGGGAAAGGGUUCUAACCCUAAUGUUAUCACAUACAACUCUAUUGUUGAUGCCCUCGCAGAAGCUGGGAGGCCCCAAGAUGCACAUUUGAUGUUGGAUGAAAUGGAUGCAUCUGGCUGCAGGCCAAAUAUUUCAACAUAUAACUCUCUGGUGAAGGGACUGUGCAAGCAGGAGAACCUGUCUGCUGCAAGUAAAGUACUUCAAAUGAUGAUGGAAAGAGGCUGCCUUCCCACUGUGACAACAUAUAAUUAUUUCUUUAGAUUUUUCUCCAAUCAUGGAAGAGUCAAUGAGGGUAUGAAUCUUUACAUGAAAAUGUUAUCGUCUGGUUAUGUUCUGGACCAGCUUACUUAUCAAUUGUUGAUAAAGAUGCUGUGCGAGAGGGGUCGAGUGGAGUUGGCAUUGCAGGUUAAGAAGGAUAUGGAGACUAGAGGCUGUGAUCCUGAUCUUGCGACUUGCACGAUGGUGAUUCAUCAGCUCUGCCGGUCAAACAAGCUAAAUGAAGCUUAUGAACACUUUGAUAAGAUGGUCCGGAGGGGCAUUUCACCACAAUAUGUUACAUAUGAAAUGCUUAUGAACAGGUUGAAGAAAUCAUUUCAGUCUGAUAAAUGUCAAUCGCUUUCAGAGAUGAUGGCAGCAACUCCACAUUCUAAGCUAUUACCAAAUACCUACAACGGGAACAAUGCACAAGAUAUUCACACAAAGAAAAUAAUAAGCAAAGCACAAGAAAUAUCUCAAAAAUUGUUGACCAGGGAAGAAUCUAAGAAGCAUCCCAGAGUGGCCAAGCCAAACACUUACAAGAAGCAUUCUCUCAUUUGAUGGUGGUAAUUUAUUUGUCCAAAUUAGUUACCCCAUACAUACAAUAGAGACAAGACAAACACACAAAAAAAUGAAACCUAAGAACAGCUCAUAGAGAUUGAUCACUAGAGGAAAUUGUUAGAAGCUUCAAAAGCAGCCGGCACAAGCACUUUCAGGAUCAUGAGGAGCACUUAGUCAAAAAAGAUUGAAAUUAGCGCACACUUAAUCCAAAUUCCAAACCUGAAGCCGAAGCUCCAUACAAAG